UCUGUUAUGUACUUAAGUAAAAGUACUUAGUAGUAGUAGUAUUUACAACGUGUCACGUAUUAUAAAUCUAUUCUCUCCACACAAUAGAACAGGCAACAUUUCAAUAAUCCGACACUGACAGUUCAAGUCUAUCGACGUCCAGGAAUUAGUCGGCCCCGGCUGUUAGCAGCGCGGCUACAGAUCACGGAGCUGUCAGAGAAGUAAGUGGAAAACACCGGAGAGAACUCAGGGUCUGGGUCUCUGCCAUAUGGAGACAAGGUGUUUGACACAGGGUCAGAUGUUGGAAGCGGAGCUCGAUCUGAUGGAGUUCACCGAUGGUCAGUACUCACACCUCCAGCGCGUCAUCCCGGCCAACAUGGAGGCAGGGACUGGGCCUGAUGUGAGCCUGAUGAGCAGAUGUUGGCCUGAUGUGAGGGAUCAUCCUGCUGCAGUGAUGGUUACAGAUGUCACUGGACCCACAGUGACUUCUCCCCUCGCAACCACCCAAGCCAUUGACCUGUCGGUGGCCCCUGAAGAUCACAGUCUGGUGAAACCAGGGGAGAAGACCCCAUCCUCUUUUGUGGAGGUCCCGGGGUUUGUGUUGGCCGGACUCAGAGGGGAAAAGAGUCCGACUAAAGUGCCCGUCAACAGCCGCGCGUCCUCACAGGUCACAGGUCAGAGAUUUUCCGCAAGAGUUUGCUUGGAGAAGAGGUUCAACACAAUGUCUGUUGACUUCCAGAGACAGAGGGAUGUUCAGUCAGCAGCUGUCUGCCAUUUUGUAAAGAUAUUCCAGCAGCCUGGAAAUGCUCAAAACACACUGUGCCCACACAUGCAGACGUGGAUGAAGACUGAAGGAGCGAGUCUCUUAGGGGUUUCCAGCCCAGCCAACGCAGGGGGUGUAUUUAACCCUGUCUCUACCAUGUGUGCUCAGGUGGUUGAUAAUUUUCCUCACAUGGAUGAACUGAACAAGCACCAAGAUGAUGUGGUGACACCUGCUGUCUCCAGGAAGUGGGGUCACAGCACCAGACAAAGAGCCCGACCCGGUAUGUCACUGAUCCAGAGCAGGGAGAGACACAACAGUAUCGAGAGGGAACGCAGAAAGAUGAUUCGUCUAUACUGCGACGAGUUGAACAUGCUGGUGCCGUUCUGCCAGUCAGGGACGGAUAGAGUCACCACCCUCCAGUGGACCACCGCCUUCCUCGUGUACAUCAACAAGAUGUAUGGAGACACCUUCAAAAAGGAGUUUCAGAAUCAUUCAAUGACGCGAAAGAACUGUGUCUGAAAUCCAGCUCUUCUUCAGGCUAGGACUCUAUCCAGCAGGAGAUAGAGACAUUUAUCUAGUAAGUCAGACAGAUAUUUGAGAACAUUAGCUGAGGUUGUGCAGCAAAGUCUUAUGUAUUGGUUCACUCUAAGCCUGGGGGAGGGGGGUGCUUUUCAUAGAGUCACCAACAGGUGGCACUGCUCCCCUGGUAAAAUAGACAGUUCUCUGAAGAGCAACAUUCACGCUCCUCAACUUAUAGACUUAACUAAUUUAUUUAUAUUGGCCUAUUUUUAUACCUAAUUUAAAUUUUGCGUUGAUUUUUAAACCAUUUACUUUGGUUAAACUGUGUUCAGGCAGAGUGUUGUUCAGUUUUCCACGUGCAUUUAGUCUUCAAUCACAUAAUUAAAUCUUGCGUAUGAAGUGUUACUGCCUGGUGAUUAAAUGGGGUUAAGUAAUGUUCAUGGAGUUAAUUAUUGCGAAGUGAAGACUGUUCAUUUGAUGUGUAGAAAAGAGUUUGUUCUUACUGAAAAGUGGCUUUAUUUGUUCUUUCUUACAACAUGUCGCUGUAGCAUCUUACUGUACAUACAACAGUCACCCACAAAUAAUAAAUAGUAUUUAAAGUCUUGUAUAUUUAAUAGUUACAGCACUGGUAGUACAAAGUGGAUGUUGUGUUUGAAAACAUUUGAUUCUCAAAUCUGGAGAAUCAGCUUCACAUGUAAUUUAGAAUAAGAAAAGCUGUAAAAAACAGUAUACAUUUUUUUUUUUUUUGCAUCAAUCUACACAAUGUCUGGGCACCUGGGUAGUUGUUUCUUUUAUUCCUUGUACAGUACAAACACAGCUUCUCGCCUCCGGCACCUAUUUCCAUAUAUUACACGUUAAGCUCGUAUGUUGAGGUAACACCUGUGAUUUUCACUCAUGGGCUGUGAUGCAUGCACAUUCACUGCAGAGACAGUCACUUGUUUUAAAAAAAGUAAUGGGGGGGCAUUGAAAUAACAUGUACAAAGUUUUUAUACACAAAAGGACUCUUCAUUUUCAUUUUUUGAAAUUUUGUAAGUCAUCAAGUCGGAUGUGACAGUAUUUGGAGCGAUGCAGUUGUUCUUUUGCACUCGUGUCUCUGUCCACUUUAUUUCAGGAUGUCAUCUCCAUGUUUUUGUCUCUCAGUUGCUCUUUUCUUAGUGUUACUCCUCGGAUGUUCCUCUGUUCCUCUCAAAAUAUCACAUCUGUUGACGUUACUCUUCCCAUCUUGUAAUACAUUUGUUUCAAUAAAGGAGGAGGACAGUU